GUAGAGUGAAAUUUAGAUGGCCUCGGAAUUCAUAGAAUUAAAAGAUUUUGCAACUUUCACCAUAUAACAACAUGAUCGUUUCUGCACUUUUUUCUAUAUAUCUAUUGACAUGUGUGGAGAUAGCUGCUUGUUCAAAGGAGGACAAAAAAGAUGCAAUUGUGGCAACAAAAGUGGGUACAUUUAAAGGAUACAUAAGGCCAUUUACUUUUUUAGAUGAAACCUACAGAGUGAGAAGGUUUCUAGGGAUUCCAUAUGCUGAACCUCCAGUUGAUACUCUCCGAUUUCAGAAACCUCUAACUAAGCUUCCGGUCACGGGCAUAUAUGACGCAACGCAAUAUAAACCAGCUUGUUUUCAAACUAUUAUUGGGCUUAAUGGAAAGCGUAACCCGGACGCAAUUCUUCAAGAUGCAGAGGACUGCCUUUUCUUAGACAUUUACGCCCCAGCAAAGACGACAGCAAGCCCUGUCCCUGUCCUCAUACAUAUUCAUGGUGGAGGAUUUGUUGUAGGUGGCGCUGCAAUCUACCCUGGAGACACACUCAGUGCUUACGGAGACAUUAUCGUGGUCGUGGUUAGUUACCGAUUGAGUGUUUUCGGAUUUUUGAGUACAGGAGACAAACAUCUACCUGGUAACUACGGACUUUGGGACCAACAUGAGGCCAUUAAAUGGGUACAUAACAAUAUUGAAGCCUUUGGUGGAGAUCCAAACGCCAUAACUAUUGGAGGCCAUUCUGCAGGGGCAGCUAGUGCAAUUUACCAAAGUCUUUAUCCAGGAAAUGUAGGUCUACUCAAACGAACAAUCGCAAUGAGUGGAGCAAUUACAUGCCCCUGGGCAUUUAAUUCAAAUCCGCUUAAGGUAACACGUAGAUUUGCGAAACUGCUUGACUGUGACAGCGAGAAUACAAAAGAGAUAGCGGAUUGCAUACGCUCCAAACCGUCAGAAGAGCUUCACCACGUACUGAACGACAACAAUGGUUUCAUUACUUUCCCAAUGGAGUUUGUCACCACGGUGGAUGAUGAUUUAAUUCCAGAGCCACCAAAUGACUUGAUACAUGGAGACUCUGACAUUGCCAAAGAGCGUCGAAAUAAUUUUGCCAAUUUAGAUUUCAUGACUGGACUUAUGUCUGGUGAAGGGUUAAUGAAUAUAGCAUCGUUCUGUGGUGUGAACGAUACACUCGGGUUUUCUCUAACACAAGAACAACUUGAGAAUGAAGAGAUACCUAAAAUUUCAAAAAUAAUGUUUGGCGAAAACGCUUCGGAGACAAUAAAUAAGCUACUUAUAGCGGAAUAUACCAAUUGGAAGGACCCGUCCAAUAUAGACGUUGUACUAGAUACGUUUGUCAAAAUAUCUGGAGACUACGUUUUCAACAUCGAAACCAUUGAUAUGAUAAGAACCUAUGCCGGUUUAAGUUCUAAAUCUAGCUACCUGUACUUCAUGGAUGCCUUGGUGACUCAACAUAUAUUGGCAGUACCGGCUUGGGCUAAGCAACCAAAUCAUGGAGACGAAGCGGCGCUUCUCUUUGGCUUCGAUACGGAAGAUGGAUUUACAAAGUGGUCAACGCCAUAUGGGAUAGAACCUAAGUCAUGGGAGUACAAGCUCUCAAAAAUGUUCUUGACAAUCUUCACGAAUUUCAUAAAGUCGGGAAAUCCUAACCAGCCGGUAAACUUGGGGACAGUUACAGACCAAAAUAUAGAAUUUGAAGCGUAUGACCUUGAGUCGGAGAAAUACUUCAUCUUAUCAAAUAAUACUUACUCCGUCGGAGAGCAUCUGUAUGCCAGAGAGGCCAAUUUCUGGCUCAAACUCUUGCCAUUUGUGGCGGAGACGAGAAAAUCUGAGGAGCAUUCGCCAGAUGGAUACUGUGACAGUGACGGUUGUAACUAGAUGUGUGUUAAAUAUAUUUACUAUAACUUAAAUCGUUCAGUUAUUUAAAAAUUAAAUAACUUAUUUUAUUUUAUUAAAACAUGUUUAUGUUCCCAAUCUAAUGAUGCUAUAAUAUGAUAACAAAACACAUGCAAUGACACAUUUUAUGAAACAGAAUACCAGUGCUAAAAUAACAGUAAAGGUCAAAAGCGUUAUGGCUUCAGUCAUCACGUAUAUAGGUCGCCCAGAGGUUUAUCUUCAGGGAUAAAUCGACCUUUCAAUAUGUGUGUCUGGUCAUAUGCGAUUUGAUAAAAGCCACCUUUUGGUAGUUUAUGACCUAGUAAAGUCAAUAACCAUAGUUUAGCAAGUAAAUACUUUCCAAAGAAAGCUCAGACACAAUUAUAGCAACAAUGACACUAUAUAUGAACAUGUUAUGAUGGCAAUCUGUAAACAAAGUCAUUUUUCAAUCUUAUUUUCCAAAUGAAAAAAGGCACGGCCAAAGAAUAUAGGCAAACUCCAAAAUGAUUGUCUAGUUUAAACACCAAUUUCGUAAAAAAAAACUCCUAGGUUUGGAAAUGUUAAGUUCGGUCUUAAGUUCGGUCUUGUCUUAACGGUGGUAAUUUUAACGAGUAUGUCAAACAAACUAGUCGGUCCGGAAUCAUUCGGUGUGACCUAUAUGACCGAAAUAUUUGUUUCCGAAAGAUACUGGCAAGUCAAAUAUACGUAACCACUAACACUAACACGAUUAAAAUAUAAUACAUCACAAAAUUUGAUAGAAGACAUUAACGUGACACUCUUAUUCAAAAUGAAUACAUACACAUGUUUAACAAACAUCAAUUUCGACUGAUAAACCCUAAACUACUUACUAAAUAAUGCAUAUAUGGAAAAUAUUUAUGACUGAUAACCGGACUAUAAUACUGUAACCAAGUUUUAAUAGUAUCAAGCGCAAAAAUAUUAAA